AUGGCGCCCUCAAAUGAAGUGACAGACCGCGAGGCGUUGACAUCUCGUGUCGUACCUUCUAUGGUAUUUAGCGAUGGCAGCGCGUCCUCUAUGACACCUGCCCCUAAGGCUUCGAUCGAGAACGACCCAGCCGUCGGAGCCCAGAAACGUUUCACCGUGAGGGGAAAUGCAGUUGUUACAGGAGGUGCUGGUACCCUUGGACUCCAAUCCUGUGAUGCCCUCCUAGAACAUGGCCUCGAAGGCCUUAUGAUUUUCGAUGUCAACCCAGCCAACUCUCAAAGGGAAAUUGCACAAAUGCAAGCCAAGUUUCCCAAAGUCAAAAUCAGCACCCAAAAGGUUGAUGUUACCGAUGAAGAAGCCGUUCGAGUGGCAAUGGAGGAGACAGUCAAGACAUUGGGCUCUAUUGACAUACUGGUUUGCUUCGUUGGAGUUGUAGGCUGCGUGGAAAGCCUUGAAAUGCCCAUCGCACAGUGGCGCAGAAUCCUCGACAUCAACACUACGGGCUCUUUCAUCUGUGCACAGGCUGCAGCACGACAAAUGGUCAAGCAAGGAAAGGGUGGCGCUAUCACAUUUGUGGCAUCAAUUUCUGCUCACCGCGUCAACUAUCCCCAGCCUCAAAUAGCCUACAACGUCAGCAAGUCGGCUCUUCUCAUGCUUAAGAGUUGCCUGGCAGCGGAAUGGGCUCGUUAUGGUAUUCGCACUAACACCGUCAGCCCUGGCUAUAUGGAUACUAUCCUGAAUGAAGGCGACGGCAUUGCCGAGCAUCGGCGCAUUUGGGCAGAGCGAAACCCCAGUGGAAGAAUGGGAAGUCCUUCAGAGUUAACAGGAACCAUUGUACUUCUUUCGAGCAGUGCAGGAUCUUACAUAAAUGGUUCAGAUAUUGUUGUCGAUGGAGGCGGAAUUGUAUUAUAG